AUGGGCAUCUCGUGCCUGUACCCGAACCGGCCGAGCCACACGCAAGACCACUUACGCUCGGUCCUACGGCACUGCACGCUCUUCCCCGUACUCGAGACCGUGCACACGGUUGGCUUCCUCGUCGACACGUGCACGGAUCAGCUCACACGCGACGUCUUCAUCUGGUGGAUGGAGAAGUUCAAGGAGCAGGGGCUUGACAUGCAAGACGGCGAGGGCAUCGUGUGGCUACACACCGACCCUGCAGACGGCAAGCAGGAGAUCGUCGCGCAGGACGAGAUCGUUGCGGAGAAUCACGCCAGCCUGGUACACAACAGCGAUGCAGAGGAGGUAAAGUCCGCGAAGGGCGUGAGCAUCGGGCACGCUUGGGAAUGA